UGGAAAAUGUUUUGCCAGUUUGAAGCUGGUUCCCAAAGCAAAGGUGCUGCAAUGGACACCGUCUGUCUCUCCUUUCUUCCUGCUAACAGUGUCUGUCCUUCCUUCACAAUUCAGCUUAUUUCAGCCAAGCACUGACAGAAGGGACAGAAGUUGGUAAUUUCCAGAGCUGAAUAAGGCAGGCAAAGGAGAGAAAGCUCCCGCUGCUACCAGGAUAAAGUGCAAGCCUUGGUAGGCACCCAAGAAGCCACGCUGAAGACCUUCAAGACGUGAGUCAGUAGAAAAUGAGGCUUUGCUGCUUCUGCAGUGCAGACUUGGGCCUUUUUGGAGCCCGCCAGUGUUGAGUUGAAGCCUUUACACCCUCAUCAGGUACCGGCAUGGAACUCCUGUCUCAUGCCGAGGCUGCUGGCUCCCAGGGGUGCAGCAGACUGCAGUGAGCAGCAGGAAAGCUGCAUUCCUCACACACUUACUAAUGCCGGCUGGACAUGAGUUUGUCAGCUCCAGGGUGGGGCUUGGACCUCGUGCUGUUAAUCUCCACGCUUCAGACACUGGCUCCAGAAGGAGCCAUUAGGGUAGGUUGGGAGGUUGGGAAAUUGUGCUGCACCCCCCUUCACCAGCAGCCGUGCCUGACCUUGCCAGAUGCACUGGCUGUUACUCACGUCUCUCCAUGAGCCACGUGCCCUGGUUGUGACUCUUCCAGACCUGUUUUCCCCGAAAGCACUGUGUGUCCCAAUUUUUCUUAAUCCUCGUUGCUUCAGUAAGGUCUAGUGAGGAUGCUGUGGUGCCAGGGGCUGCUUAAGGCUUAGCCCUUCGUUUCUGCAUCGCUUUGGAAAUACCAGUAGGUUCGCUGAGGUCUUCUCAUCACUGCCUUGUUCCUCAUCUGCCAAGCUGCGGUGAGCUGGUAGGACUUGGGUCCUGAUAUUGUUCCUUUCUAGUUGUUUCUCCAGGUCUCCAGAGAUGCAGCAGAGCUACUGGAGUGUCUUGUGAAGGAGGUGGGUUUGCCUUGACCCACGCUCCAGGCCUGAUGUUGACCUUAGCAAUAAACGUGAACAGUGGUGAGACGUUAGCUCCAGAUCCUGCUUGCAGAAGUUAUUGAGCUACUGAAAGCAUUUUAGACUCUGGACCUAAUAAAGGAGUAGUUAAUAUGUGGAGGUAAGAUCUGGUGGGGAUGUAGGAGAGCAGUGGAGGCAAGAGAGCUGAUGAGAGUGGUCUGAAGCAGAAGGACAACAGUAAAGCAGGGCCUGGAGAGCUGGGAAGGGAGGGGGGAAGGCAGCACUGACUGUGUGUGAUGAACUGAGCUCUGCUAGCCAGAGCUGCCCCCCAGCUGAUCCUUCAGAACAGUCUGUGACCCCCAGAGGCAGCUCCUGGAGUGGAGCUGGAAGGAGGAGGUGAGGGGGGUCUCCACAGGACUGUCUCCAGCACAAGUGGGGCAGCGUGUGACUGGGGACGCUGAUCCUGAGCCCUCCAGGUGUCUGGCUGUGGCUGCAGCACGGUCUGUCCCUGCAGAGCUCAUGGUCUGCUACUCCAGACAGACUCAAAGGCAGCUCUUGACUGCUAACUCCCCUUUGGGGGGCAAUUUCAGCUCUUGAUCUCGUUCUUCCUCACCCUUGUUGACAGAGGGAAGAGACAUCAACCCUCUGCUACCUCUUCUAAGAGGGAUGGAGGUGGCAGGAGGCUGCUCCCCACUGCCUGCUGCUUUCAACCAGUAUACAGAGAUAGGAGGUGGACAAGGGCAGCCCUUACAGCACUGCAAGCUGUUCUUAGCAGUUGGAGUUGCCUUCAUUUCUAGAAGCACCUCAGUGACCAAGGAACACCCUUGUGUAAAACAGAGCUCUGCAUUUAUUUGUCAGUUGUUUGGGUUUUAUUAUUAUUGUAGUUCAGGACAAAAGGUGGAAAAGGGACCACAUAACAGAUGGUUGAGGUGAUGUCUGACGUUUGGAACAGCAGAGACUUACGUGAAAAUGCCAGUGCAGGGAAUUAGGAUUGAUGCACAGGGUCUGCCUUGGGGAGCGGACCAAGGGAGUUCUUUGGCACUGUAUCCACUUCUGCUUCUCCAUCAAGUCUGAUAUGUGAGAUGGGUGUGUUCCAUGUGGCUCUGAAACUCCUCUAAUAAAGAACUAUGUUUCCUCCCCGAUCUUCAAGCUGUUGGGUGUUCCUUGCUUUUGGGAGGUGCUUUAAAUCUGACUGCCAGAGCUGUGGGCUGCUAAGAGCAGAAGCUGUCUGCACGAUGCUGAGCUCAGGUCUUUCUCCUCUUUUCCUGUUGCUCACAGCACUGGAGCUGAGCUGGUCCCUGACUGAUGAAGAAAAGAGGAUCAUCUUGGAUGAGCACAAUAAAUAUCGCUCGCAGGUCUCUCCUCCUGCUGUGGAUAUGCUGAAGAUGAGCUGGGACACGGAGCUGGAGGCCUUUGCCCAGGCCUAUGCAGAGAAGUGCAUCUGGGACCACAACAAGGAGAGGGGCCGACGGGGGGAAAACCUUUUUGCUAUGGCCCCGAUGCUGGAUCUGGAAUUUGCUGUGGAGGACUGGAAUGCGGAGGAGAAAUUCUACAACCUGACGACUUCCACGUGUGUCUCUGGGCAGAUGUGUGGCCACUACACCCAGGUGGUCUGGGCAAGCACGCACCGCAUUGGCUGUGGGUCAAAGUUUUGUGAGAAGAUUGAAGGAAUUGAAACAGAGGACAUGUACCUGCUUGUCUGCAACUAUUAUCCCCCGGGUAACAUGAAAGGCCGGAAGCCAUACAGGGAAGGACCCUCUUGUUCACAGUGUCCCGAGGACAGAGUCUGUGUCAACUCCUUGUGUGAACCCACUAUAGAAGAGACCACUCCACCCUCUGUGACAACAAAGGCAAGCCCAUCCACCCCAGUCACACCAGAACGCACUACACCAGCACCCACCACAGUCACGGCCAAGCCAGAACCCACAGCCAUGCCCUCAACCACCACAACAGUAGCCAGCACAGCCAAGGCAGAGCCAGAACCUGCUACAACCAAGCCAUCAUACACCACACCGGUACUCACUACUGCUACAUCCAAGCCAAAACCCACCAUGCUAACAACCACCACUACAGCCAAGCCAGCACCCACCACACCAAAACCACCAACCACCACACCAGAACCCACAACAACCACACCAGAACCCACAACAACCACCACCACAACCAGCACUACAGCCAAACCAGCACCCACCACACCAAAACCAACAACCACCACACCAGAAUCCACAACAACCACACCAGAACCCACAACAACCACCACCACAACCAGCACUACGGCCAAACCAGCACCCAUCACACCAAAACCAACAACCACCACACCAAAACCAACAACCACCACACCAGAACCUACAACAACCACCACGCCAAAACCCACAACAACCACCACCACAACCAGCACUAUGGCCAAACCAGUACCCACCACACCAAAACCAGCAACCACUACACCAGAACCCACCACCACCACGGCAAAACCCACAACAACCACCACUACAGCCAAGCCAGCACCCACCACAACCACCACUACAGCCAAGCCAGCACCCAGCACACCAAAACCAACAACCACCACACCAGAACCCACAACAACCACCACCACAACCACCACUAUGGCCAAGCCAGCAUCCACUACACCAAAACCCACAACAACCACUACAACCAAGUCAGCACCUACUAUGCCAAAACCUAAAACCACCACUGCAGCCAAGCCAGCACCCACCACACCAGAACCCACCACCACUGUGCCAGAACCCACAACAUCCACUACAAUCAAGCCAGCACCCACCACAACAACGCCUGCAAUCACCACGCCAAAACCAACCACCACCACUACAGCCAAGCCAACACCAACCACGCCAAAACCAAGCACCACUACAACCAAGCCAACACCAACCACACCAAAACCAACCACCACUACAACCAAGCCAACACCAACCACGCCAAAACCAAGCACCACUACAACCAAGCCAACACCAACCACGCCAAAACCAAGCACCACCACUACAGCCAUGCCAAAACCCAUCACCACCUCUACAACCAAGCCAACACCCGCUAUGCCAAAGCUCACAGCCACCACUACAGUAAAGCCAAAACCUGUUACAGCCAAGCCAACAUCCACCACACCAACAUUUACCACCACUACAGCCAAGCCAACAUCCACUGCUAUAACAUCAGCAAAGCCAGAAUCCACCACCACAACAAAGACAGAACAUGCCAAAACUGAAAGUCCCGAUUAUAUUGCAACAACUGGGUUAACACUUUCCUUUGAGCCCACUUUAGACUCGGAUUAUAGAGCAUCUCCAGAAGCAGAGUUAGAUACUGAAGAGCCUGUUGCCUCCUUAGCUACAGAAAAUCCAGACUUAUUAGAAAGUAUGGGCACAGCCAUCAGUCCCAAAUCAGUCCCAGAAACAAAUAACGGUGUGAAAGAGGAUGAGAGAGAGAAAUCAGCCUUCUUUUCCAGUCCGACUCCAUCCCCCAGCCAGAUUAUUCCAGAGAUCAAGUUAGGUUUCAAUAAAGCUGAGCUCAUAACCUCCUCAAAGUCAGUGGUCUCCAGCCCUGAAGAACCCAUCUUCAUGCGUUUAACGUCAUCUUCCAAAGAAAAGGGGCAGAGCCCUGCUUUCCAGACCUCCCUCUCAGAUGCCUCGAAUGCUGAAGAGCUGGAGACAAACUCAGACCAUGAAGGCAAGCAGCAGCCCACAGCUGGAGCUCCCAGCACCCACAAGGGCCUUUUGCUCCUCCUCCUGCCCUGUGUCAUCCUGGUGGGCCUUCUGCUUUGAACAGACUUU